AGAGAAACGUGACGCAACUCAUCAGCACCUUCCCUCUCACAUUUCCCAAUGCUGUCUUUCUCAUAUUCAUAUUCUCUUUCAUAUUAAAUAAAGUUUUGCAUUAACUUUUUCUGCUCUGGUCGGCGAUGGUCUCCGGCGAUUCCAAAUCCGACAUUUCAUUCCCAGGGAUCUUCGCUAGCAGCGCUUUCGCCGCUUGUUUUGCUGAGGUGUGUACAAUUCCGUUAGACACUGCAAAGGUGAGGCUUCAAUUACAAAAGAAGGCAGUUGCAGGGGAUGGGAUCGGUUUACCGAAAUAUAAGGGAAUGCUUGGUACUGUAGCUACUAUCGCAAGAGAAGAAGGCCUUGCUUCUUUGUGGAAAGGCAUUGUUCCUGGUUUACAUCGUCAAUGCUUGUUUGGCGGUUUACGAAUCGGAUUGUAUGAACCCAUAAAAAACUUGUAUGUGGGUGAGAACUUUGUUGGAGACGUUCCUUUGACCACAAAAAUACUUGCUGGGCUCACAACCGGUGCUGUUGCUAUAUCUGUAGCGAAUCCUACCGAUCUAGUGAAAGUCCGCCUUCAAGCUGAAGGUAAACUGGCACCUGGUGUGCCAAGGCGUUACUCCGGUGCUUUAAAUGCGUAUUCAACGAUAGCGAGACAAGAAGGGAUUCGAGCUCUAUGGACUGGGUUGGGCCCAAAUAUUGCCCGUAAUGCUAUAAUAAAUGCUGCUGAAUUAGCAAGUUAUGAUCAAGUGAAGCAGACGAUUCUGAAGAUCCCUGGAUUCACUGAUAAUGUCUUCACCCAUCUUUUAUCGGGUUUAGGUGCAGGAUUUGUUGCCGUUUGCGUUGGAUCCCCGGUUGAUGUGGUUAAAUCAAGAAUGAUGGGAGAUCCAAGUUACAAAGGAACCAUAGAUUGUUUUGUGAAGACACUCAAGAAUGAUGGACCAUUUGCUUUCUACAAAGGCUUUAUCCCAAAUUUUGGAAGGUUGGGUUCCUGGAACGUCAUCAUGUUUCUGACCUUGGAGCAGGCGAAGAAGUUCGUUAAGAGCAUCGAAUCUGCUUGAAUACGAUACAUCUGAGGGAAAGUACAAAAUUGCCCUUUUGUCGUUGUCAUCUUCUGCACUUGAAUAAAUUUAUCAAUGUAAACAAGUCAUUGGAAUGGAAAUGCAUAUGGGUUCUUUUCCCAUUUUCCAAAUAACAGGAUUGUAACAAAUAUAUAUUGUUGUCAACAGAAUGAAUAACUUAUUUGAGUUAGUUAUAUAUGACCAA